AUAUUGGAACAAGUGAAACUGCUCUGAUAGUUUUGUUUUUCCCCUAAAACAAAGAUUUCUCUGUGUGUUUCUUUGAGGUUUAUCAAAGUUGAAUUUUCAGUGGGGAAGCUUUUAACUCAAAAGUUGCUGUUGUAUACAUCUGAUUAAUUUACUUCUGCAGGUAUAUGUUGUCAUUAGUAAAUACUGUUUAUUUCCCUGCCUGGAGCGCAGGGCAAUGAUUCUUCUUCUCAUCAUUUGAAAACACUUUUUCAGUGAAGUGAAAGACAGAAGCAAAUGUGGUAUUUAUCUCAUGUGAGCUAUGACUGCCUGAAAUUUACUGCAGCUGUGUGUCACUUUUCAUUGCAAUGAGAAAAUGCGCAAUCAGAAAGAGGAGGGCAGUUCUGCCCUUAUGAUUACUGAAGGACAGGUGGAUUUUGUGAGCUGAGCUCCAGCCAGUUUGGAAAGAAUGAAUGACCGCUGAUGACAGCUAUUUGAUGAUUGCAACCCAGUGACUAGACGAUGAUGGAUCAUAACCAGCCAAGAUGCCCAUCAGGGUUGAUGAUGUGAUGCAGCUGCUGUGCCGUGUUUCUCAGAAGAAGGGAAUGAAAGCUGCUGUGAAAUUCUCUACUCAAGCAGCACUGGUGGCAGGUGCAACAGCGUUUCUUGGGGGCUUGAUGGGAGGCCCACCUGGUAUCGCUGUAGGAGGAGCACUUGGUGGAUUGUUUGGUGCCUGGAUGUCUUAUGGACAGUUUAGACCAGUCCCUCAGAUUUUAUUGGAAUUGCCUCCUGCCGAGCAGCAGAAACUCUAUGAUGAAGCAAUGGCUAUUCUCAAGCGCUUAGACUGGACAGAUGUCGUUCAGCUGACUGCUCUCAUAAUGGGAAAUGCUGGUCUCCAGCAGAAGUUGGCAGGAGUGGUGAUGAAUUACCUCUCCAGAGAGCUAAAAGCAAAGAUACAGUGUGGAUAAUAAACCUCUCCAGAUGAGGUUUUUACAUUGUAAUGAAUUCUACUCUGGCAAUUGUGAUUUUUCAAAAUAGUAAUUAUUAGUUAUAAUUACUAAUUAUGAAUGUAGGCAAAUCUAAGUAUCUUUUUUGUUUGUUUUUGUGAAGCUAGUCUUUUUUAUUAUCCUGUUAUGUAAUUAUGACUUGCCAUGUAGUUUUGAAUUAAUGUGCACUGGGAUUGAGUUCAAAAUCACUGAAGGGGGAGUUACACUUCUCUUAAGGUAAUGCAGCACUAGGUAACAUUUCAUUAAAAAAAUCAUAAAUUUCAUUUAAAAUGUCAUAUGU